CCCAAAAAACGCAUUUACUACGUCGGUAGAAUACACGAAGCAGCACACACAAGUAGGUAACUAAAAUACAACGAGGAAUGUGCUCAUAUCAUAUCAUAGGGGUUGCGAAAAUUCAAUAUAAGUGACUGCAAAUCUCAGUUUUCUAUGGUGGAGAAACAUUCCAUCUACACACACAGACAAAAGCCACGUAAGCUGUGCCAGCUCCUUCACCUCAUUUUGUCUAACUCCACUACACGGGUAAAGAAGCAAACAAAGCAGCCUCUACAAAUUCCUAUUGCAAAUGUAAUCUUGAGUUUUGCUCCGUUGCAGAAAAUGGCAGAGAAUGCUGCGCCGCUGAUCGAGAAACAAGAGUACCACGAGAGCUGCGCGGCGUGCAAGGUUGAACAGAUGAAGGAUUCCGACGCCGGGAUUCCCUUCAAGCUUUUGAUUUUGGUCUGGCUCAUCACUCUCGCUGCAGCUCUGCCAAUAUCGUCUCUUUUCCCUUUCCUAUAUUUUAUGGUAAGGGAUCUCCAUAUUGCAGACAAGGAGGAAGACAUAAGUUACUAUGCUGGAUAUGUUGGAUCGUCUUUCAUGCUUGGGAGAGCUUUGACUUCUCUUCUCUGGGGGCUCGUAGCUGAUAAAUAUGGUCGGAAACCAGUCAUAAUGUUUGGCACACUUAUAGUGGUUAUAUUCAAUACACUUUUUGGUGUUAGUGUAAACUUUUGGAUGGCCAUUAUUACAAGGUUUCUUCUUGGAAGUUUAUGUGGAACGCUCGGACCUUUAAGGGCAUAUGCUUCAGAAAUUUGUCGUAAAGAGCACCAAGCUUUGGGGAUGUCAGUCAUUAGCACAUCCUGGGGCAUAGGAUUGGUCAUCGGUCCUGCUGUUGGAGGUUUUCUUGCACAGCCUGCAGAAAAAUAUCCACAAAUGUUCUCCGAAAAAUCUAUAUUUGGAAGGUUUCCAUACUUUUUACCUUGUCUCGUGAUCUCAGCCUUUGCUUUGGUGGCGUCUAUCCUCUGCCUCUGGCUUCCCGAAACUAUUCAUGCCCAUGACAAAGAAAACAUAGCAGAGAAAGCUGCAAUGGAAGACGACAUUUAUGAGUCCAUUCAGUCGUAUAAAGUGGAAGUUUCUGAGCUUAGACGCCCCGUCUCUCAAAAAAGCCUCUUAAGAAAUUGGCCCUUGAUGUCUGCUAUUAUGGUGUACUGCAUUUUCCAGCUCCACGAUAUGGCCUAUAGUGAGAUAUUCUCGUUGUGGGCCGUCAGCUCAAGGAGGCUCGGAGGAUUGCAUUUUGACUCGGCAGAUGUUGGCUCAGUUCUUUCCAUCACAGGGGUUGGUAUGCUCGUCUUUCAGCUCUCCGUGUAUACCUGGGUCGAGAGGAUACUUGGACCUGUCAUGGUCUCUCGUAUAGGAGCCGUCAUUACUAUACCGUUGCUAACAACCUACCCGUUUUUAGCCAAUUUAUCGGGUCUCGUUCUCUUAUGGCUGCUUAAUUGUGCUUCGAUGUUGAAGAACAUACUCGCUAUUUCCAUCACGACGGGCCUCUUAGUUCUUCAAAAUAGAGCCGUGACAAAAGAGCGAAGAGGAGCUGCAAACGGCAUAUCCAUGACGGCCAUGUCUCUCUGUAAAGCAAUUGGCCCUGCAGUCGGAGGCUCCCUACUCUCCUACGCUCAAGGCCGUCUGGAUGCAGACUUCUUACCAGGUGUGCACCUAGUUUUCUUCACGUUAAACGCGGUCGAGUUCGUCGGCCUCGUCAUGACCUUCCGUCCGUUUCUAGUCGUCCCCGAAGACGACUCGCUUUCGAGUUCGGCCGGUGACCGUGAAACUCUGUUGAGCUGAUCGGAAACCGUAUGGUUUCCAUGGAGUAGUUUAUAGUGUUCUACAAUUGUACUUCAUAAUAAUCCAACUUUGUAGAAAAAAGGUAUAUCAAUAGAAAUGUUUCAAUCUCAUAUAUUAUUUUGUUGCAGAUUUGCAACAAUAUAAAAGCAAUAAAUUUUGUCACAUUGUACAA